CUCAGACGGGCGUAGCCGCCGCCUUAGACAUCGGCUCCUCCUCUCCAAGCUUUACUCUGAAUCGGAAGCCUUCGCGAGUGUUAGUGCCUGGUGGAGCCCCGAAGAGGGGAAACGAUGUCAACCGGGGAAGGUGCCACAGGAAACGAGUCCGAUGCUCCCAGGGUGUUGGGGGAGGACGAUCUUCCUCCCUGCUGCAGAAAGGCGAGAGCUUCGGCUCCCGAGUCCGAAGCCACGUGCCAUGAGACGGUGGUGUCUGGGUGGUUCUCCAAGCCGCUCUCUGAUACAGACGGCGAAUUGGUGUACUUCAACAACCCCAUGUGGCCUGGAGAGGCACAUUCUUUAAAGGUGGAAAAAAUACUUUAUCAGGGGAAAUCAGAGUUCCAAGAGAUUCUGGUUUUUGAGUCUUCAAUGUAUGGAAAGGUACUUGCUCUCGAUGGCAUUGUCCAAUUAACUGAGAGAGAUGAAUGCGCCUACCAAGAGAUGAUUGCACACCUUCCACUUUGUUCAAUUCCAUCACCAAAAACCGUCUUGGUCUUAGGAGGUGGUGAUGGUGGUGUUCUUCGGGAAAUUGCUAGGCACAGUUCUGUGGAGCACAUCGAUAUAUGUGAAAUCGACAAGAUGGUCAUAGAUGUUUGCAAGAAAUUCUUUCCUGAUUUAUCUGUUGGUUUCGAGGACCCUCGUGUUCAUCUACAUAUCGAUGAUGCGGUUAAAUUCAUACGAGAUACUCCUGAAGGGAUGUAUGAUGCAAUUAUUGUUGAUUCAUCUGAUCCAAUAGGACCAGCUCGAGAGCUUGUUGAAAAGCCAUUCUUUGAGAUAAUUGCAAGGGCCUUGAGGCCUGGUGGCGUUCUUUGCAACCAAGCAGAAAGCAUGUGGCUGCAUACACAUCUCAUUCAGGAAAUGCUUUCAAUCUGUCGUGAAACCUUCAGCACUGUCCACUAUGCCUGGGCAAGUGUUCCAACAUACCCUAGUGGUGUGAUUGGUUUUCUGUUGUGCUCUACAAACGGCCCACCUGUCAAUUUCUUGAAUCCAAUAAACCCAAUCGACAAACAGGAGGUUGUUAAAUACAAGGAGCUGAAAUUCUAUAAUUCAGAGAUUCACAAGGCUGCAUUUGCCUUGCCAGCAUUUGCAAAAAGGGAAUUAAGCUCGUUUCUCUCGACACCACUGAGUGCAUCUUUAACAAGGCAAGCGGAUUGCUAAAAGAGACGCCAUGGAGGAAACAUAUCUGCGGACGAGCAUCUAAUGGAACAAGUUCUUCAGCCGUCUGCCUGCAGAUGUGAUCUUUUGCCCGAUAACCAUGACAGUAUUUUGCAGAUAGUGAGUUGGUUUAGGUAGUAAUUACACUAUGAUUUCGGACUAAGUUGGCACUUUACAGAAGUGUAAUCAUUUGACAUUGACAGAGUUGAAUUAUAGUUUUUCAUUGAUAGUUUUAUCUUGUUCUUGUAAGUUGCAAAUUAACUAAGUUAAAAGCAAAUCAUUUUAUUCA